GUUACACAUUACAACUUGAUUAAUAUUAGUAAUAUGAUUUUGAAAUUGUUUAGAUUAUAAAAAAAAAAAAGAAAGAAAAAAGUUCUUUCAUGUACCCGUGUGAACCUAGUAAUUGGUUAAAAUAAAUGGUUUUUAACCCUAAUUAAUCCAUCAAAAUUCACCUGAUGAAGAAGAGGGUCAGUGAUUAGGGCUUUCCAAAGCAUCCACAAAUUUGUUAAACGGCCGAAUCUUUAAGGGCAAAGUGAAAUUCAGUAAUUGUAGAGCUGAAAUUUCAUGAAGUUUGUUUUUUGACUGCUUCCAAUUGCAAGCUCCGAUGGCAGUCCAAUGGCUUUUGGUCUGCCAUGGUUUGGUCACAUUGCUGGUCGUUGUGUCGUUCCUCUGCGGCAACUGGCCCAUCUUUCAGGGCACUUUUGUGCAGCGAAUCCAUUUUUUCCUAGCUUUUGGAGCUUAUGAUUAUUUCAGGAGAGUUAUUGACUUUGUGUUUGGUGCAAGAGGAACUGGGGCGCUGGCUUCAGUUGAGUAUUUUUGCUGUGAUCGCCCGAAUCCAAUUUUACAGAUACUGUAUUUGGGUAUCAUUGGAGGUACUUAUUACAUAAUCGUGAAGUCUUCUUUCAGUUAUAUACCAGGAUAUUACCUGAGUGAAAUCCACAGAUACACAAGCCUAUUGGCAGUAGCUGUGGGUAUCAUCCUUUUUCUACUGACAAGCUUUUCAGACCCGGGUACUGUGAAUAUUGAGAAUGUAUCCCAAUAUCUUUCUGCUUAUCCGUAUGACAAUAUCAUUUUUUUCGAGAAAGAUUGUUCAACUUGCAAGAUUCCGAGGCCUGCAAGGUCCAAGCAUUGCAGUGUUUGCAAACGAUGUGUUGCUCGAUUUGACCAUCAUUGUGGAUGGAUGAACAAUUGUAUUGGGGAGAAAAACACACGAUAUUUCAUGGCUUUUCUGUUUUGGCAUUUCAUUAUCUGUAUCUAUGGUGUGGUGGCCAUCGUAUUGCUUCUCGCUGGGCGAAUGAAAGAACUACAAGUAAUACAUAUAUUGACAGUUUAUUACGGCAUUGAUAAUUCAUUCAGAGGUUUGGCUCCACAUGUUGCACAGGUGAAGUGUUUAAGUCUUUCAUAUCAUUCUUUUGUGCUAAUUGGUAUUUUCUGACUGGGUGUACAUUGUGAUAUGUGGCAGUUCUUUUCUUAUUGAGCAGCCCGUAUUUAUUUAUCCUUUGUCAUGGUUUCUCCUUUGACUUCUUUCUUGAGUUUGAUAUCUGUGGCUCCCUUAGUUGCUUAGAAUUUUCCUGAUGAUCAUAAAAUCUUCCUGAAAACAAUUCAAUAAUCAUAAGAUGUUAAUGGUCCGUGCGCCGAUUGUCUAAAGACUGGAUUUUGGAUGGGCAACAUGUAAAUGGAUGCAUACAUUUAUGUCAGAAUUACAGUUCGGAUAUCAUAGAUUGUUGAUCACCCGUAAUUAUUCUAUUUUCCAGUAGUCUCCGGGUGAAACUUGUGAUUUACCAGAGGUAGUGGAUUACAUGUUGGAGACAGAUGGUAUGAUAAAUCUCUUUGCAUUUUUGAAUUAGAUUGAGUAUUUAUGCUGAAAGAUAUAACUCUCCGUUGUUCACCCUAUAUGGGAGAUCGCUUGUGGAGAAGCGGCAGAAAGGUAGCAGUCAUCACCAUUUAGAGGUGAACGUCUGAUAGCUUGUUGUGAGGGUUGAGAAAUGAGAUCAUAGCAUCAAUUGUUGAACUUUUGUGGAGUUCAUGUAAGAAGGAGUACUUCAAUACAGUCCCAUCCUAAUGUGGUAAAUUGGAAGCAUGAAAAUAAUGUCGCAGAGAAUGCUUCUUACAAAAGAUAUGUUGGUGAUGUUCCAUAAUGCUGAAAACUUGUCAGUUUGCCUGUUCAAGAGUUAUAUAUCCCCCAGAUUCAGUAUUAGACUUAGUUGUUAAGCUUUUUGAUAUGCAAGGUAAUCAAUGACCACAAUCUGUUUCUCCUGUCAUAAAAUUCAUCAGAUCUAUAGCUAUUGUGUGCAUUUCCAUUGGCUUCACACACACUUUGACCAUUGUGGACAUGACUUUUGAGCCCCAGAUCUUGAGCUGAUAACAUGAUAUGUUGAUUGCAUGCUUACAUGGUCAAACUUUUUGUUUCCUUUUGACACUUACGUAUAAUAGAGUAUGUUCUAUUAUUGACUUCAGGAGUUACAAGUGCAAAGUAAAAUUAGUGCAUGCAAUAAUAGACUCUGCCCUUGUUGAAAUCUUUAAAGUCCAAUUUGCUUCCUUGCUGAUUGAUUCAUUUAGUAUCAGGACAUCACUAGUUUUUAUAUUUUCGAAAUCACAACUUGUUGGUUCUUUUUUUCCCUUUUGCUUCACUAGUUUUUAUAGUCUUUGUUGCAUCUGUUCACAACUUGUUGUUUUUCAUGCCUUUCUAGUAAUCAUGUCUUGUGAUUUAUGCAGUGGUUGCUUGGCUCCUACAACACACAAGUACUAAUUAUGGUGUUCUUGGCCAUAGUUUCCCUGCUUUUGACUGGUUUCUUUGCAUAUCAUGCUAAAUUAUGCAUAACAAACACUACAACCAAUGAGGUAUGACAUUCCGAAUAAAUUUACGGUCUCUUUUUACUGUCUUUCUGUUCAACUGGAUUCUAUUAUAAUUUCUUAUUUAUUUCAUAAGUAGAUGUUCUUACAAAAGCACUACUAUCUCGGUGCUACCACUAAUUUUUAGUGCCAACAGCAUUUUGCAAUGAAACUAUCUCUGAUCUGCAAAUUGUUUUGAAUGUAUUUAAGAUAACAGAAUGAGACAUCUGAUAUGAACGUUUUGUUCUGCCUAAACAAUCUAGAAUUUUUGUCGUAUACUCUUCCUCGUAGAUUUGCAUCAGCUGAUCAGGUUUAACUAUUCAGUUUUGUGUCUUUUUCUUUUUUUUUUCUUUUUUUUUUUUGGGUUUUUUGUGGCGAAAUGCAUAACCUUUCACAUUGUUGAGGCUUAUGUUACAUUCUGUUUAGAGAUAUAUUGUGGAUAAACGCGUGUUUUCAACACUUCGUUUGAUGUAGAUGUUACUUUUUAAUGGGAACGGAGGAAAAUGAUACCCGGAUAGGAUUCCUCAAAAAAUUUACCAAGCUCUUAACUUAUCUCCUAUCUGAUUUUCAUUUCUCUAACAAUUACGUUUAGUAACAUCUGGUUAUUGAUUUUAUCCAGUAGCUUUUGGCUCUGCAGUGCAGCUACUUAGUGGUUCUUUGUCUUGUCUAAUUUCUUAUCCAGACUUUCAAGUGGCAAGAUUACUUGAGCUGGCAGAGGAAGUUAAAGGAGGCAAAGGCAAGUGAGGAGGCGCUAAAAGCUAGCCUAGGUGAAUUGAGCCUUGAAAAGAAGGUUCGCGAGAGCAAAUGUAAGGCCAUAUGCAGGAAAUCUCGAUUGGAAGAGGUGGAGGUCAUUCAGAAUAACAUUUACGAUAGAGGAUUCGUGCAUAAUAUUUAUGAGAUAAUAUAUCCUCUUUCAUCGAGAAGAUCAUUUUCACAUAAGAAAUCAAAAUUGCGUUAGAAGUGAUGGUUGAAAAUCCAUUCAGUGUUUGCUGCCGUGAUCUAAUGCUUCUUGGAGGGCCAUUUCUUUGUGGAGCUAUUCCUGUUUCCUUUUCACCUUGGUUCCACAUGGUACAGGUGGCAUUGUUACAUUGCUGGUCCCGCGGCUCCAUUUAAAGAGAAACAAAGUGUUUUCUGUUCAGCAUUCAACAAAGAUAUUUAUAACCCUGCAAGUCUGCACUUUCGAAGUCAAGGCAGAUCUGUAGACAUUUGAGUUUUGACUGAGCGUGCUAUGAAGAAGAUAGCUUUUACUGUUGUCCCGAUUCUUUGCUCUUGCGUUCUUCAGGUUGUAACGAGAUACCUCACUGAUUAUCUGAGGUGGUGUAUUAGCUUUUCCAGAGAAUUGUUCGAUGUAAAUAUUUCAGGUUUUAAACUAACUUGAUAUAGAAAAUAUCGUUACAAUGGAGCUGAUUUACGAGGUAGGUUAUACGUUUGGUGAAUUAUACUGAAGUGAGAUUUUAUAUCAUUCAACUUGUAAAAUGAAAUGUCAUGUUUUGGCAGGGGAUGAUUCCUUUUGUGUUUUUUGCAAGGUUCAACAACUAACCGCAGUCGGUAGGCA